AUGAACUACGCCACCGCACUCGCGUCCCGCCUCGCCUCCCGCUCCCCGUCUGUCCACACCCUCGACAAGGACGACCGGGCCAGCAUCGCGUCCUCACAGGGGACGAGCCCCUCCGCGUCCGAGAGCUCUUCACUGAGUAGUCUCGAGACCCCUUCUUCCUCCUUCUCGGACCCGCUCAGCGGCCCGUCCGUCACACGACGGUACGAGCACCUCGCGGUCCUCCUUCCCAAGCGCCUGUGGAAGCCCGACCAACAGGCGGCUCGCUGCAGCGUCUUCCUCUGCCGCAAGCAGUUCUCCAUCUUCGAGCGCAAACAUCAUUGCAGGAAGUGCGGUGAUGUCGUUUGCGGUACCUGUUCAACUCGCUCGACACUGCUCCUGGAUACAUCAAACCUAGACUUCUUCUACCCUCCGCGCGACACCCCCAUCUCCGUCUAUGCUUCUCCCAUCUCUCCGGUGUCGCAAGAACGCGUCUGCGAUCACUGCUGGGACCAGGUUCACGGCGUCGUGACGCCACGCUCACCCCUGUCCUAUAGCGCCUCGCCGGUGGCUCUACAUGAUUCGCCCAGAGACACGCACUCUCCGGCGUCCUCUGUCUCCUCGUCCAGUGGCGUACAUACUCCUCCCGAUAUUCUCUCUCCGAUUGCACGCCCUGCUCUUCGCCGCUCCGUCACUGCCUCGCCUGCAAGCGCUGGCACUAGUUCGCCACGCCCUCCGUCAUCGCCCCUCCGGUCGCCUGUGCAAUCAUCGCAGGCACUGUCCGCUAUGGCUAGCGUACACGUUGCAGAUCACGAGCUUGCUGCAGUGGAUAAACCCGCCGAGGCCGACUUGGGCGAGCUCGAGUCCUACCCGCUCCGGCGCGCUAGCCAGAUAUGCAAGGCUACGGGCGGCGGGCGCUGGGCUCCGAAGCAGUACAUUAACCUGAUUGGGGACCACCUCCCCGGGCAGAAGCCGCAGUACCUCAUCGAGCUCGAGUGGGAGGAGGCAGAGCGCAGGCGGCGGAAGGCCAACCCGGUUUACGAGAGCGGAGACUUCAAGCUCCGGGUCCCGCGCGAGGUUGGGCCCCGAUCACCUGGCGGCCCCGUCAACUUCUCGACGUUCUGA